CUCACUGGAGCCCUGGCUUGCUCCCUCCCGCCAGCCAGGAAAGAACUUCGUCUCUCCAGCAAUGCAUCGCCGGGUGAUUUUUCUUUGCGCUCUCUGCGCUGCAGUGUUGGCGGAGAACUCGGAUGACUACGAUCUCAUGUACGUGAACAUGGACAAUGAAAUAUUCAACGGACUCCAUCCCACCGAGGACCCCACGCCGUGCGACUGCCGCCGGGAGCACUCGGAGUGGGACAAGCUGUUCAUCAUGCUGGAGAACUCGCAGAUGCGCGAGGGCAUGCUGCUGCAGGCCACCGACGACUUGCUGCGCGGCGAGCUGCAGCGGCUGCGCGCGGAGCUGGGCCGGCUGGCGGGAGGCCUGGCGCGGCCGUGCCCCGCGGAGGCCGGGCUGGCGGGCGCGCUGGAAGAGCUGCUGCGGGCGAGCCGCGACGCGGGCCGCAGGCUGGCGCGCCUGGAGGGCGCCGAGGCGCCGGGCGCGCUGCUGGAGGAGCUGCGGCGGACGCGGGCGGAGCUGCGCACCCUGCAGGGCUGGGCGGCCCGGCGCUGGCUGCCCGCAGGCUGCGAAACGGCGCUCUUAUUCCCCAUGCGUUCCAAGAAGAUUUUUGGAAGCGUGCAUCCGGUGAGACCCAUGAAGCUGGAGUCCCUCAGUGCCUGCAUCUGGGUCAAAGCCACCGAGGUCUUGAACAAGACCGUCCUGUUCUCCUACGGCACCAAGAGGAAUCCCUACGAGAUCCAGCUGUACCUCGGCCCGCAGGCCGUGGCGUUUGUGGUGGGCGGAGAGGAGAACGCGCUGGUGGCCGACACCGCGGUCUCCCCGGGCAGGUGGACCCACCUUUGCGGCUCCUGGACUUCGGCAGAAGGGCGCGCGGCGCUGUGGGUGGACGGCGAGCUGGUGGCGGCGGCGGCGGGGAAGGCCAGCGGCCACGUGGUCCCCGAGGGCGGCGCGCUGCAGCUGGGCCAGGAGAAGAACGGCUGCUGCGCGGGGAGCUUCGACGAGGCCCGGGCCUUCGCGGGCAGAGUGACGGCCUUCAACCUGUGGGACCGCGCGCUGCGCCCCGAGGAGGUGCGCGCGGCCGCGGGGUCCGAGUCCUGCAGCCGCCGGGGCAACGUGGUCGGCUGGGGCGUCACCGAGAUCCAGCCGCACGGAGGCGCGCAGUACGUCUCCUAGGCUUGCACCGAGUCAAGGUCAGACUCGCUGCAGCCCCGCCAGAGGCCGAGGCUCGAGGCCGGCGCGCAAUGGGAACACUUGAGACCGGUCGACCUGAGAGGCCAGAUGGGCCUUUAUUUAUCUUGGCAAAAUCCAGAGUAAACAGCGGAAGGGAGACAGCGGAGAAGGCUUGGGGGACUGUCACCAGACCGGGCCGCGCCUUCAGAUUAAUGCGGUGUCGCUGUCAGAUAAACGCCAAAUAAUUGAAAAGAGCUGUACUGUUGAACAGAGGGGCGACUGUUCUGCUCUCCUUUGGUUAAUUUAUUCUUGGCCAGAGAUGAAUUUUGCAUUGGAAGAAUUACAAAACAGGAUCGGUUGUCCACUGUUCAUUCUUACUGGUAUGUACUUUUGCUAUGGAAAAUGAUGAUAAAAACAUAUUUAUACCACAAAGUGACUUAACGAAUACAAAUGUAGUUUAUGUGUUAUGGUCAAAUGUCUCUUUUUUUUUAAGAGGAUAGUUGUGUAAGUUAUAUUCUGAAAUGGUUUGUAUUAAUUUUAUUUUUGUAAAGCUCUGCUGUAAA